ACGUAAUUCCAAUAUAAAGGAUGGAAGCGAGGCUAUAUAGCCGUGUGGCMGCCAUCUUGGAUUCUACUGAAGAAAUCUUCAAGUCAAUACCUCGGAAAACGUUGCCGUUUAGUGGACUUCUUUAGAGAUUUGAUGCAAAAAUGAGCUUCCUUUUUGGAAGCCGUUCUACUAAGACUUUUAAACCUAAGAAGAAUAUUCCUGAAGGGACGCAUCAGUAUGACUUGAUGAGACAUGCAGCAGCAACCCUAGGAAGUGGCAACCUACGUCUUGCUGUAAUGCUACCCGAAGGAGAAGACCUAAAUGAAUGGGUCGCUGUGAACACGGUGGAUUUUUUCAACCAGAUUAACAUGUUAUAUGGGACAAUAACAGAAUUCUGUACUCUUGAGAGUUGCCCUGUGAUGUCCGCAGGCCCAAAAUAUGAAUAUCAUUGGGCAGACGGACAGACCAUUAAAAAGCCAAUAAAAUGCUCGGCACCCAAGUAUAUUGACUACCUUAUGACGUGGGUCCAAGACCAGCUUGAUGACGAGACCCUAUUUCCUUCAAAAAUAGGUGUACCAUUUCCGAAAAACUUUCUGACCAUCGCCAAGACAAUUCUUAAACGUUUGUUUAGAGUUUACGCUCACAUCUACCAUCAACAUUUCAAACACGUGGUGAGCCUCGGAGAAGAAGCACAUCUUAACACAUCAUUCAAACACUUCAUAUUCUUCGUCCAAGAAUUCAGUCUCAUCGAUAAACGUGAGUUGGCACCCUUACAAGAGCUUAUUGACAGACUAGCGAAUAAAGACAAAGAUAGAUUAUAAAAAAUUGGUUUUACAGACUGAAGCGGGGUGACCGUCUUUGAAAAACAUUUUGACCAACUGYGAAGAACCUAUUAAUUCUCCUUACUGAAAAGAUAGACACAAGGAAUAUUUGUAUGGAGAAUUAAGGUUUUGGUCACAGUUUUGUUCAACUCUUAUUCCACCCAAGGUUACAUUCAUGUAAAAUUAUGUUGAAUUUUAUACAAAAAAAAAGACUUGAACUUUUGUAGAAAAAAAAAAGAUACAGAUCAAUAUAUUAUCUUCAAAUUAUUACCGUCCUCUAAUAUGGUGUCAUAAUUGUUAUUGCUAUGAGAUUGAGCUUAUUAUAGAGAUAGUCUGAGAUUAGACCCUCUGUGAAUAGAUAUAGCKUUUCCGUUCAUGUUCUUAUUUUAAUCAUUAGUUUUUAAUGUUAACGUUGUACACUACAUACAGGUUAAAAAGUCGCUCGCUCUAAURUUAAUGUUUCAGGGCCGGGUUGUUCAAAACUGGAUUAGCGCUAAUCCAGGAUUAACUCUAUAGGUCUUAUUAAGAGUUAACCCAGGAUUAGCACUAUUCAGGCUUUGAACAACUGGGCCCAGGGGUACUAGUAGUAAUAUAAUGACAAAGUAUUUAUACUGCUGUUUCAUGCUGUAUCUUGCAUGAUUCUCAUCAAGCUUCAAAUGUAUUACAGAAGAAAUAAAACCAGUGAAAGUCCAGACAAACUUUGGUAAAGUUUCAUGUCGUAGUGAAUUUCAGGCUUGGUACAGAACAUGCGACAAAACCUACACCACCUUUUUUGAAAUAGCUGUGUAUAUUAAAUGCUUUUACUUCAGUUGCAAUGUUUGCCUAUUUUACACCUGACACAUUUACCUUGAGUGAAUAAUUUUUUUGAAAAGAAUUAACAUAGAGUGCUUUCASUCACACAACAAGGCAGCCAUAUUGGAGUACCAAACAAUAGAAACUUACUGCACGAUUUUUGGAGAAAAUAGAGUUUAUUUCCAAAAGGAUAGAAAAUGUAUUGUUUUGGUACACCAACAUGGCCGCUAUGACGUCACGAGAAAGCUAUCUAUACUCUUGUUUCCUGUACAUUUAAUUUUGUUUGUUUCUGAGCUAUUUAGCCAUUAUUUUUCCUGUUUUGUAUCAAUUCCUUUCACCUCACUCUGUGAUUUUUCUCUAUGGUUAGUGCUUACGCUGGCUUAUCUGGCAUGUAAUCAGUUCCGUCAUUUUUUCAAUCAUUUUUUCAAUCAUUUGUAACACUAUUUUCCCCUGAAAAUAAAUUAUAGUAAAUGAUAAGAAUAAUAUAAUCUUGGUUCGCUAGAAAAUGAAAGCAUCCAGUAGUGAUCAAGCGAACAAAAUAGAAGCACUUUAUGUAACACCCAUAAUGAAAAGCAUUGAAAAUCGAUCUAAGAUCAGAAAGCUCAGAAACAAAUAGAAUAAAAUGUAGAAGUUGAUCCCUACAUACAAAAAAAAUCUUGAUGUUUUUCUUUCCUCCAUAAGCAUGUUUGCUCRAAAUYUGAAAAUGUUUAUCAGUCUYKAWGUCCAGCUGAUCUGAAAUAGUGACUUUAGAAAAAUGACGUCAAUGCAAAAGUACUACUCUCAUAAGGCUUUCAAAACUUUCAUGAAACCUGUGAAAAUUUACCAGCAAAAAAUGGAUAAAAACCUGUUCACCACUGCAAUAAAAAUAUAAAACUCAUCAGUUAUUGUGUUACUGUGACCAGCCUCUUAUUGGCAACAUUUUUUUUUUCAUUUGUUGGCAUGAAAAUUAUUUAAGAAGGCUGGAAAGUGUUUUGUGCCUUCACAUUAUGAACUAAAAAAAUUAUUAUGGCUAUAAUAUGACAGCAAGUGUGAACCCAGAAAGCCAAAGACCAUAAACAAAGAUCACAAUGAGCAUGAAAAAAUGACAUAAGGUGUUGCUAUGACAACACAAUAAUUUUUUUAGUUCAUAAUGUGAAUGCACAAAACGCUUUCCAGCCUCCUUAAAGAUGAAAAGUGAAACCUCAGUGUUGCAAAUUUUCUCAAUUCCGAUUGUCUAUAAACUUUUCUCAGAUCAGCUGGGUGCAUCGUUGAAUAUUGCAGCAAUUACAUAAAUGUGUCAGUUUGGGUGUAGUUAUCUAUGUUGAUAAUCAAUUGUAGUAAUUUGUAUUUUAUCAAUAUAGCUCUAUUUUUAACUCAUUACAUCAUAGKCUAUCGUUAACAUCAUCUUACGACUUUUGUCUCAUUAUCACAAUAUACCGAUGAACAUAUUAAAAAUAGGAUAAACUAAAUUCAAAAAAAAAAAAA